AUGGAGUCCGACGGCGAAGACGAUUAUGUGCUGAAGGCAGCAAUCGAAGCUUCUCUCAGAGAAAGCAAAGAGGGUGCCAGCUCCAGCUCAACUUCACCUGAGAAGCAGUCUAAACCUGUCGUCGACCUAACUUGCGAAUCUGAAUCAGAAGUCGAGGUAGUUUUUCCAAAGUCCAACUCUACAAUUGGAAGUGAAACCGACGAUGAAGCGGAACGGGGGUUGGAUGGCGCUGAUGAAGAAAUGAGGCGCGCAAUCGCCAUGUCUUUGCAAGAUUCACCGUCUAUUGACACCCCCGAAAUGGAUGUCGAGCCAGCGGCUACAGAGGUGCCACCUGAAUCCACCUUGGCGAAAUCUAGCGCUCCAUCGCUUGGGUUCCUAGGUCUGAAUCGGAAGCAAAUGGAAGAGGAACGUCUCGCCCGGAUGAAAAAGCGGAAGCCGGAGGAUUCGGGAUCUCCGCCCCCAGCUAAACUCUACAAGACUGAGUCCAGUUCGACUAAGCCUGUCUUACAAUCAUUUUCCUCGUCGGUUUCUUCAUCGCAGGCUUCGUCGGAGGCCUCUCCAUCCCCUGUUAGGCCUACUGCGCGACCGAUCAUCCAGUGGCCUCUGGGAACAGUGAAAAAGACACACGUCAUGGGUUCCAUGAGGGAGAAUAAAGAGAUCCUCAUCGAAGAGGUCAUCCAGCGGGGUGAUUUGGAACUCGGUGUCUUCAGUUCAUUCCUAUGGGAUAUGGAAUGGUUUUUUACUAAGUGUGACACAUGGAGCACCAGAUUCCUUCUCAUCAUGCAUGCCAAGGAACAAGAACUGCGUGAUACUAUGGUGAAAGAUGUUGAGCACAUGAAAAACAUCCGACUAUGCUUCCCACCUAUGGACGGCCAGAUCAGUACUAUGCAUUCGAAACUGAUGUUGCUGUUUCAUCCUGGUUAUCUGCGUAUUGUUGUUCCGACAGCUAAUCUGACAAGGGCUGACUGGGGCGAGGACCGCUUGAUGGAGAAUACUGUCUUUCUUAUUGAUCUCCCGAGGAAGGUUGCCUUUAGUCAUGAAUCUCCAAAGACCUUUUUCUAUCAAGAGCUGGUUUACUUCCUGAAAGCCAGUACUUUGAAUGAGCAUAUCAUUGCUAAGUUAGAUGAAUUUGAUUUCACAGAAACAGCACGUUAUGCAUUCAUACAUACGAUUGGUGGGAGUUCUCCUCGCGGACCCGAAGAGCUAUGGAGACACACAGGAUACUGUGGCCUAGGCCGAGCCGUGAAUUACUUAGGCCUACGAUCUCCGUCGCCAAUCAAUGUUGACUACGUGGCUUCAUCCAUUGGAUCACUGAACAACGAGUUCUUACGUGCCAUCUAUCUUGCUUGCAAAGGAGAUGAUGGCCUCGCCGACUACACACUCCGCUACGAAAAGUCUUCCGCUCGACAGAGCAAUCCGGAACAACAGAUCAUGAUGAAGGCUGGAGAGGAGUGGCAGAGCCGUUUCAAUGUCUACUUUCCCUCCAACACGACUGUUCACGCUGCACAUGCCUUCCCCCAGGACACGGGAGGUACUGUUUGCUUCCAGGCCAAAUGGUGGUCUGGCGCAAAGUUUCCCAGACAGGUCAUGAAAGACUGUGUCAGCGAAAGAUCAGUUUUAAUGCAUAAUAAAGUACGUGACAACCUCCCACAACAUUCACUGAUCAACAGCAAGUUGAAAGGCCUGGUAACCUCGGCUGACGAAAUUGAAUUCAAGCUUAUGUACGUCUGGCCUUCGAAGCCAAUCGAGCUCCCAAAUAAUCGCCAAUGUAAAGGAUGGGCUUAUGUCGGAAGUGCCAAUAUGUCAGAGAGUGCCUGGGGCCGCCUUGUCAAAGACCGCGAAACCAAGCAACCUAAACUCAACUGUCGGAAUUGGGAAUGCGGCGUCCUGGUUCCUGUCAUCUCUCCCGCCACCGCAUCCACUCAGGACGCCAACAUCACCGACUCGCAGCCCAAAUAUCUCCCAGCCGAGAUCUUCGCCGGCACAGUUCCCAUCCCAAUGGUACUUCCUGCACGCCCGCUAUCUGAGAAUAACAAGCCGUGGUUCUUCAUGGGCGACAAGUAG